AUGGACCGAUUUUCCCCGGCCCUAUUGGGCGAAAUAAGGCCGGCGGUGCAGCGCCACAUCCGGCUGGUCGUGGAAGCCAUGGAGGACGACCAUCUGCAAGAGACUCAGGCCUUGAGAGACACCCUGAGGCAUAGCGAUAAGCAGAACAGCGAUCUGGAGGCUGCCCAUCUGCAGGAGCGUGAGAGGCUCCAGGCUUCCGUCCGCCAGUUGAACCAGCAGCUGCAGGAGGUCAAGCGUCAGGCCUCCCUGAUCCGCGCCGACCAGGCCUCGCAGACCGCCACGGGCCAGGCAAUGAUCUCCACCAUGGGCCGCCACCUCCAGGAGCUCCAGGACCAGCUGGAGAAGGAGAGACGCCAGGCCCAGGAGAGGGAGAAUGAGGCCAUGAAAGAGAUAGAGAAGCUGAGGAAGCAGAUGGAGAGAGAGAGGGCAUGUCUGCAGAGCUGUGAUCUGUUGAUCAUCCAGCGCCUUAGACACAUUGAGGAGUUCAAACAACAGGCCGAGAGGUGGAUGCAGACGACCAUGGCAUCUGGAGAGGACAACACUCCAGUUGUCUUCCUGACGUGGGGCCUUCGAGAGGAGAGGAGGAAGACCCAGGAGCGCAUGCCUCUCUAUCAUGACGACCUCCAGGCUUUCCUGCAGACUGAGGAGCUGGAGAACCACGUGAGGGAGCAGCUGAGGAUGGAGGCCGUGUUUGAGGCCCAGUGUGAACAGGAGAGACAGCGCUUGGAGCAAAGCCAGCAGGAGAGGAAGCAACACCUCAGAGCUGCAGCCCAAAACAAACAGCUGAAACUACAGCACAAGAUGGAGAAAGAGGCGCAGAAGAGGAAGAAGGCUGCAGCGAAGGAGGAAAAGAGGCGAAAGGAGAAGGAGAGGAAGGAGAAGGAGAAGGAGAGGAAGGAGGCCGAGAAGGCGGCGAAGGAGGAAAAGAAGAGAGAGGAGAAGGAGAGGAAGGAGAUGGAGAAGGCGGCAAAGGAGGAGAAGAGGAAAGAGGAGAAGGAGGCAGAGAGGCAGGAGAGGAGAGAGAGGCGUGCGUGCCGCUGCAGCCUCUUCUCCUGUUUCAGGAGUUCUGCCACUGCAGACUAAACCCCUUUGUGUGUCCCCUGUGUGUGUGUCUGUCCUCUGUGUGCUCCCCCUCCCCGUAACCCUCACUGGAUGUGUUUGUGUGUGUCUGUUUGUGUGUGUGUGUGUCCCUGAAAGAAUCUCCCCCUCCCCUCCCCUACCCUCUUAGCCCCACUAAAUAGCUGUUUUUACAUUAGAACCAUGUUCGGUUCGAGGCUUCAUAAAUAUGCAUGAACCUUGGAGGUUGACGGAGCUUGUCUGGAGGGCCGUAAGUGGAGUGAGCAGCCGCUGGGAGUGGCCGCGAGAACGCAGAGUAGGCCUUUAUCCAUGCCUGUCACACCAUGGUUAAAUAUCAGGAGCAAAAGACUCCUUAUCAAAACGACAACAGUAACACAUUAUGUGCACUGAAAUGGCAAGGCAAGUCGUCUUGUGAAUUGUAGGGUAUUGGAUAUUGAGGUUGGACAGCAGAUUUUAGUCAAAGUUACUGUAGCCUAUUCCCUCUGUCCAGCCAAAGUGCAAAACUCGCGAGCCAGGAAGCAAAUUAAUAACCAGACACCCCAUCUUCCAAAAACCUUGUGGGAGAUGUUAUCCUAAUUUCACAGCUGUAGAAAAGCCAUGAUGAUUUUGGUUAUGGAAUUAAGAUGUUUGCACAUGAUGGCCAAUCAGUUACAGAGGGCAACAUGUCACAGUUGCAGGGCCGUUGACAGCUUUGGCCGGGCCCAGGACAAAGUCGUUUGAAAGGGUCCCCCAGCCCAAUACAUACAAUGUAAUGAGGACCCAAUUCUGGAUCUCCUCUCUCCCUGGGCCCGGGACAACUGUCCCCUUUGUCUCCUGUCGGCACCCCUGCACAGUUGGAGCUAGGCUCGCACGCUUCGGAACCACGUCUGAGGCAAUUCCAAAAUCGGCUCCGGCUGGAACUGAAAAUGGGCGUGGUAAAGGCAAAAAAAGUGGAGCCACGCCUUGGUGUAACAUGGUUCUGUUCAAAACGAGCUAAUGGGUAAACACCUAAUGUGUUUGGGCAACCCCCCCCCAUCCCCCCCCCGUGUAUGUGUUUGUG